AUGGAUAAAGUUGGAAUUUGGUGCUUUGUGUUACUGGUUUACAGUGUAGCCGCUUCAAAUGCAGAUCGAGAGGAGAAAAGUGACCAAAACAAAACAUUACAAGCUGAGCUUGAUCAUCAAAAUAACAUAGUGGUUGAGCUGCUGGGGGAUUAUGAGAGAGGGAGGGCGCAGUGGGAAGGUGCUGCUGACUGUGGAUGUAAAUGUCUUGUCAGAGCCCAGGGUGGCGGCGCGCGCUCCCACAUUGUGCAGAGCAUCGCGUCUGGGCCCGGCUGCAAGUGCGCAUGCGCAUCACCAAUGCCACCGCAACAGACCUGUGAGGAAGAUGUGAGGCAAAAGAUUCUGACUGAAGCGGCCAAAGAAAACCACAAGCUCUCCUCGAUUAUCAAGUUGCUUGAGGAUUUAGUUUCCGGCACAGAGCUGCUAAAACUGCGAGUGCUUACUGCCGAGUUACUUGAGCGUGUGGAAAAUAUUGAGAGGGUAUUGUUUCAAAACCAGACUAAUAAAGAUGACAUGAUAGAGAACGUAUUACCAACAGAUGUAAUAAGAACAACCCAGCCCUCUUCCCAACCUCCGUCAUUGCAGGAGAAGCUGAAAGAACAGAGUGAGAAGAAUGGUGAGGCAGCAGCUUAUCAGCAUAAAGAGAAUAAAUAUGAGGAGAGGUUUGUGGGAGGCCUGCUGAACAAGAGUAGACCCAUACCUGAAGAUGCUGUCAAAGACUUACAGGAACAAGAGCGUAAAGGAAGGGAGCAGCACCCAAAGAUGAUUGUCAGGGGAAUCACAUACUACAAGUCUGACCCAGUGGAUGAGGCAGAAACAGAGGAAAACAUGGUGGAUGAUGAAAACCACAGUGGUGAUGGCACUAUUGAUCUUCUCACUGAGGAGGAACUUCUUCCUCUUAGUGCUCCUGUGUUCAGACUGACCAGCAAGCUGGCCACAGCUGAAUCCCAAACCACAUCACAGGAUGGUGCAGUUACACAAAAUAAGCCCAGGUCUGAGAUGGAACAAUCGGAUUCUUCUCAACCUUUCACAAUUAAAAAUGCCAAUGAUUCAGAACCUGCACUAGCACAGACCACCCAAUCCAUUCUAGAGCACUUGUCCAAGUUCAAAGAUGUACAACCCUCUGCUUCCACAAACAACCUUACAACGAUCAUUCCCAUGACACACACCCAACUACAUACCCUUAGUGUAACUGAGCUAGGAACAAAGGAACAGCCCACUGCUCAGACCAUACUGGACAUGACAUCCAAUUUGAGUCAUUUAACCAUGAAGACAGAUUUAGCAGUUCCUGAAAUUACAGAAGACAUGAAACCCACCACAGAAGCUGCUGUCACCAGUCAGUCUGCGUUCUCUGUGAAACCUUCAACUGAGCAAACCCACAGCACCAGCCCCAUUUCCAGAAAGGACAUCAUCCAAGGCAUUACCAAAGAACAAACCUCACUAACAAGUACAACAUCAUCGCCAAACACUCAUAGUGAAGCAUCUACCACCCCAGAAAAUUCUUCUACCAUGGUCACGAAUACAGGAGGCCCCAUAUCCACCAGCACGGGGUCAGCAGCUGCUACCACAAACUUUGAGACUACAGAAACAACUAGUGUUCUGACUACACUACAUGUGACAGAUAGUGAAACUAAUUCCAGCAAUGCAACACUGAUGACUACAAGCCAACUGACCAUAAGCACAACAACAACUAGUACCACUAACAAACCUGAAAUGAAACCAAAAACGAAUAAACCAGAGAGGGAGGAGAAAACUACAAUGAGGCCAGCAGAAUGUAUGGACACCGUGUCCACAAUUGCAGAACCCAUCGCCCACAACACAUAUGGGCGAAACGAAGGCGCCUGGAUGAAAGAUCCACUGGCUCAGGACAACAAGAUUUAUGUUGCUAAUUAUUUUUAUGGCAAAAACUUGCUGGAGUUUCAAAACAUGGAUGUCUUCAAACAAGGCCGUUUCACCAAUUCCUACAAGCUGCCCUAUAGCUGGCUAGGCACAGGCCAUGCAGUCUAUGGCGGAGCUUUCUUCUUUAACCGCGCCUUCUCACGUGACAUCAUUAAGUAUGACCUCCGGAGGCGACGCAUAGUUGCCUGGACCAUGUUGCACGAUGCUGCACUGGAGAGUGAUGAGGCUUCAUCGUGGCGCUGGACGGGCCACUCGGACGUGGAGCUGGCUGUGGACGAGAGCGGCCUGUGGGUGGUCUAUGCAGCGCUGGAUGACGAGGGCUUCCUGCAGGAGGUUAUAGUGCUGAGCCGCCUGGACCCAAAUGACUUGAGCAUUCAGCGAGAGACAACAUGGAGGACAGGACUCAGGCGCGAACGCUUUGGAAACUGCUUCAUUGUGUGUGGCGUCCUUUAUGCCACAAACAACCACAAAGAACAGCGGGAAAGUAACCUAAGAUAUGCCUUUGACACACACACCAAUACACAGAUGACCCCUCAGCUGCCCUUCAGCAACUCCACCUACAUUGCACAGAUUGAUUACAACCCCAAAGAGAGAGUGCUGUAUACCUGGGACAAUGGCCAUCAAGUUACCUAUAAUGUUGUAUUUGCAUAUGUAGACACACUUUAAAUGAUGGGAACUGGUCAUAUUGGGGCGUACUGCACAAAAACUUUAAAGAAAAUGUACAGUAUACACAUGACAUGAGAUGUACACUUACUGGCCACUUUAGAAGAAACACAAACCCAAUACUGCGUAUACUCUUGUUUUUUAGUGUGUUCCGUAAGAACCUUACA